AAGCGCAGUCGGUUCGUAGUUGCAGUUCGACGAUACCUGUGGUUCCAAUAAAAACAUGCACUUACGUGAGUUUAUCGAAUGCUGCAACGAUCUGGUGCGAUGCUCGGAAGACAGUCCUCAAGCGUGGAGAUGGGUUGUUGAAGGAGAUCAUUCGUACAUAUGCAUGAAAAAACGGGAGCUAACGUGUGUGCUUCAGACGAAACAAUGCGAUGCCGUGCAGGAUGAACACUUUGCCGAGCUCAAUCUGGAAGCCGAUCCGGCAUGCGCCUCUAAAAGCGGAAUUUUGUCCAGAAUGGUACUUUACGAAUAUCACGUGGUGUACAACGAGAGUUAUGCGGUACCUAUGUUGCUGUUCAACAUCUACGAUGAAGGUGGCAGUCGGCUCGACCUGGAAGAGGCCUGGGAUGUGCUGAAGAUAGGUGAUUCAGUUGAUACUAGUGCGAAGUACCAUGCAGUUACUAUGGUACAUCAUCCAAUAGUAUUUCGACCAUAUUUGAGCCUACAUCCUUGUAAAACACCGGAACUACUUGAUUCUCUUUCGCACAGCGCGAAUGCGGUGUUGUCAUUUCUAACGACUUAUGGGCCUUACGUGAAUUUGAGGCAGGAUGAUUUGGCUGCAUCAUUGUUACGUACUAUCGGAGUCCAAUAA